CAAGUGUUAUAGAUUAAACUUUUAUAUUAUCAAUCCAUUUAUGUUGCCGGGUCUGUCGGGCUCAUAUUAUAUGCCCUGACCCGAAUUUCCCUAUAUAUCAAUCCUUAAGGAGGUCUUGUAAACCUAAUUUCUAUAUUCAUACAUAAUACACAUUCAUCUUCUUCUCUACUCCAUAGCUCAAAUAUCUCCUAAUUAUAUGUGUUUGGAUCCCUAUAAUCCACUAAUGGUGCUUUCAUUGAGAGUUUGAGCAAGAAUCAAGUGAGAAUCCUCCCAAAAUAUCUGAAAAAAUUGAUUCCAAUCACAAAAAUACUUAAAAACCGUCUCCAACAACAAGAAAAAAUGAAAAAAGCAACGAGCAGAUCCGGAUCGUGGCAGCUGGAGUUUCUCAGUCAGAGAGGUCUUCGCUGGAAAGAUCGACACUCCGGCCACCGUAAUGCGCCACAACGAAAGUUGGCCGCCUGCUGAAGCUUGUUGUCCAAGCCCACGUGUCGUCCCCAUAAAAGAUGAGAAAGGUGGGAGCUCUCCAGAGCUGUUCUGGCCAUGGCGAAGUGGAUGGACGCUACAACUAACGCCUUGCCUUGCCGGAAGUCCGGGACCUACCGUGAGCUCCGCCGCCUGCGAUACCUUGGAAGCCCAUGUUGCUCGUGAGGAAGUAGGGCUGAAGCUAGGUCCAGCGACGUCGUCCUUGGUGGUCCCCUGAAAUCUGAAGUCAUGGCUGCUGCUGCUUCUGGAGCUUUAGUCCUUCACACCCGACGAAUGGAGGCAAUGGGGGCUAGGUCAAAAUCCAUUGGCUACUCUUCAAGGCAAGCAUGGAGCGUAUAAGUCAAGGCCCACGAGGAAUUAAAUCAUAGCCCAUCUUACGGAUUCAUGGUCCAAGCAAAUUUUUCAAAAGGCGGGGCUAUCAACAAAACACUCCAUUCCAACCCACUUAAGAGCUAAGUGCUCUUUCUCUAAUGUUAAUAUAAUUUGUCGAAAUCACAAAAAUGAUACAAAUGAUUUGCCAAAAAAAAUCAUAAAAUGAAAUAUUUUAAUAAUAUAGCAUCAAACUUCAAUCUCGAGGGACGAGUCAUCCGUUAAAAGAUCCUUAAAUGUGCAUGUCUGGCGGAUCCCAACUACGAACUUGAGUGACAACUUGAGCUAGAUUAUUAAUUUAUUAUCAUUAUUUUUUAAAUAGUGUGUAUUUUUUGACAUUGAAAAAACGGACUUAUGAAUGUCGAGUACUCGCGUACACCGGGCGAGCACACACACUCGCGCCACUGGGUCACGUCAAACGAGUGUGAAUAGUAAGCUUCCAAUCCAAAUGUUAUCAAAUGCAACUCUAGUUUCUAUAUAUGUUAUGUAUGAGUUAUGUGUGCCCUUAACUAUCGGAUUCAAACUGCGACCCCCCAACGGGUGUAGGUUUAGUCCUUUACGCGUGCCACACUCAACUAAGCAUAGAAAUCUAGCUUGAGCCCUAGCUUGGAAAUUUGAGGCCACUUAAUGUAGGUCCAAAUCUAAUAGCAAAUUAUAAGCUCAAGAAAUUAUAACAUUUUUUAUUUGAAUGCAUAUGUGCAAUUAAAUGAUGACUUGAAUUUAUAUUGGCCUCUCGACCAUACUCGUGGUCAUCUUUAUUUGAUGACCCGGACAUCAUUUUGGACGGUCGCUCAACCUAUCUCUUAGUCAUCUUUAUUUGAUGACUAGGACCACUUAUCAUGUUGAGCUACACACAUAUGAAGACCGGCCUCGACCAUCAUCUCGGCAGACGGACACGGUUGCAGCCCCACACCUAGACCGAAGGGCUCACCCCUUUUGCUUCAUUUUGGGGGCAUCCGGUGUAAUCUUUUUCUCUCAUUAGGAUUUUGUCCCACUGAGUUUUUUCCUAAUGAGGUUUUUAACGAGGCAUCUCCCCAACGUGGGCAAAAGGUGUCGACCCUUGAUCCCUAUUGAAGACAUCAUGGGCAUGCACUACUCUACUCCUCUUCACCUCACUACAUUCACUUCAAGGAUUAGGAGACUGGAAGAGCAGCUGACUUAGCGCCUCCGUUAAUCAAAGAAGCAUAAAUUCAAAUUUUUUCACAAAGUUUACUCACCAGACGAUAGAUUAGCAUACAAUUCUACUCCCUUUCGCCUCGAGUACUCUCGACUCAGAGAGUAGGAGACUCUUGAUAGAGUAUAUAGACUUAGACCCGAGGGUCUCACGACCAUUGAGCCUGGACAACGGCCCACAUACACUCAGUUGAUAGCAUUUUCAUUAAUGUACAUUAUUAUUAUUAUUCAGGUGUUCUAGGUUAAACUUUUGUAUUAUCAAUCCGAUUAUGUUACCGGGUCUGUCAGACCCAUAUUAUAUGCUGAGAUCCGGAUUUCCUUAUAUAUAUUCUUUAUGGAGGUCUUGUAAACCUAAUUUCCAUAUUCAUACAUAAUACACAUUCAUCUUCUUCUCUACUCCAUAGCUCAAAUAUCUCCUAAUUAUAUAGUUCGGAUCCCUAUAAUCCAUUAAUUUUUAUUUGGAAUCCAAAAUUUGUUAACUCUUAUUUAGGACACAUUGUUUUUGAGUUUUUAACAUUUGUAAUUUUUUCCACUUUUCUUUUAACUUCAGAUAUCACUAAUUCUAACUAGGGAUGGCAACGGGGCGGUUCGGGGUCGGGUAUACCAUUACCCGUACCCGCCCCGUUUGAUAAUAUUUUUCCCCGAAACCGCCCCGUUACCCGUCGGGUAUUUCCCCCCCGCGGAUAACGGUUUUCCCCGCGGGUAACCGUUUAUUAAAAGGUAAUUUUUUUCUUCAAAAUUAGUAUAAAUCCUAAAAUGAUGAUUAACUACUUAUAAUUGAUCACCUAAAUUUAAAAAAUCAAAAUUAAAUAGCACCACUUGUUUUAUUAAAAGAUAAUUUUUUUUCUUCAAAAUUAGUAUGAUGAUUAACUACUUAUAAUUCACCAUCUAAAUUAAAAAAAUCAAAAUUAAAUAGCACCGCAAAUAAAGUUUUUUAAAACAUCACAAAAAAUUACAAAUCUUUUGAACCUAAUAUUCACAAAUUAUAUAUGUCUAGAUUCAAAAUUAUGAAUCACAAAAACAUUUAACUUCCAAAAAUCUAAAUAUGAAUCACAAAAACAUUUAACUUCCAAAAAUUCAAUAAUCAUACCCCACCAGCAUUCAGUAUCUAAAUUUAAGAACAGUAAUGUAUACAAGUAACAUAAUGAAAAUGAGAAUUUUUUCCCCUGAAAUAUUAUUAAUAAAAAAUAUAUGGACAUAAAUGUGACUAUAAGUUAUCAUGGGUAGUAUUUAUAGUCACCACGAUAUAACACUUGAAUAAAAUUAUAAACACUAAAGUUACUAGAGUCGCAUUUUUGUCCACGACUUUUAUUUUGAUUAUAGAUUUGGAAUUAUUUCUAAAAAGUGUACUUCUAUUACUAUGAUUUAGGUAUUCUAAUUUAGAGCAACCAAUUAAAAUUAAUCUAAUCAUCCAAUAAAAUUCUACAAAAUUAUUAGCAAUUACAUAAAUUAAAGCAAUCUAGAGUAAUGUUUCCCAAUAUUUGAACUUUAAACUCAUAUGUUAGCUAUAUGAAAGUUAUUGGGUGAAAAAAUAAGAGAGUCAUAAUGUGAAAAUUGUGUAAAGAAAAUCAUGAAAAUCAAAUAAUCAAUAUGUGAAGAAAAUAAAUCUUAUAGAAGUUAACAAAGGAAGGAUGAUGAAUGAAAUUGAAAAUUAAAAAUCUAAAAUAGUGAAUUUUGAGCAUCAACUCAUCAGAAUUGCAAAGGAUAGCCGAUUAGUUGAAUAUUUUUCAAAAAAAUUGAGGGAAUAAGUGUCAUAUACUAAUGUACUACUAUUCAUAUAUACUUAAUAUAUUAAAUAAUAAAUACAUAAACAAUUAAAAUAGAUAAGUUAAUUGCGCGGAUCGGGUAAUGGUGUGGGUAACCGUAUCCAAAUUAAACGGGGCGGGUAACGGGGCGGGUAACGGGGCAGGUAGGUAUAAACCCAUAACCGCCCCAUUACCCAUUUACAUAAAUCGGGUAUUCCCCGCCCCGUACCCGUUACCCAGUCAAAGCGGUUUUCCCCAUUUUGACAGGUUCGGUUCGGUGCCGGUAUCCAUCGGGUCGGAUUAAAUUGCCAUCCCUAAUUCUAAUCGCAUCUGUUUGUCAAUUAAUUAACUCUAACUAAUAGAUUUUCAGUUUUCUUUGUCAUGUCAUCGAAAUAUACGCACUCUCCUGUAUUGAAAUGUUUACACAAUAGGAUUUGAUAUAUUAUUUAAAGGAAAAGUAGUAAUAGUAAUGAAUUUGUACAAAAAGUAGGUGAUAUGAUGAAAAAUCAUAAAAGAGAAGAUAAUUGUCCAAAAAAAGUGCAACAAAAAUUAAAAACGUAAAGAGAAUUUUACCCAAAUAAGAUCAAAACUUAUGGAAAUUGCAAGAAUAGGACACCCAUGUUUCACCUCACGCGCAUAGGACUAAUUAUGCGUUGAAAUGCCAAAAAUGACCUUCAAACCGCUACACGUACUCUGAGCUCAUUUGACGGUUACACAACUCCCAUUACGGCACCUCCCGGUUUCCAAAUUCCCAGUAUCAUUACCCCUGAAAAAAAGAUUCCAAAAAUUAAAUGAAGAUAUAUUGGAAGCCUUACCGUUGAGAGAUUGCCGCUUCCUAGUCGACGUAACUUCCUUGAGGAGAGUUUCAUUGAGGAGAGCCGCUUGGUUGAGGAUAGUUGAAGGACGAAGCCAUUGACGACAAAACGAUGGAUUUAUCAAAUACAGUUUCCGUUAGAAUCAAUUCCAAAAUGGUAUGUACUCAUUUCUUAUCAUAAUGCCUGCAAUUGAAUGUCGAUUGGCAGUUAAUAAGGUUUGAAACAAAUUUGAUGAAUGUUAAUACGUUUUAAAUUAGCCGCGCAAAAACUCUUAUGAUGAAUACUAUUGCAUUCGCAAUAGAGUAAAUGACAUGUUUAAUAAAUUUUACUUGUUCAUAUAGUGUCAUUUUGUAUGAAAGUGACAUUCCAUGAGUAUGUGGUUAUUUACCGGCAAUGUAACCUUAUAUGAAUGUUAUCAUGACAUUAUGCAUUAAAUAAUGACAUUGUAUGAAUAUGUGUGAGCUUCAAAGCAAAAUGACAUCACAUAUAAUGAGAAAUUGAGAAACUGAUGCAAUAAUGACAGUUUAAUAAAUUUUACUUGUUCAUAUAGUGUCAUUUUGUAUGAAAGUGACAUUCCAUGAGUAUGUGGUUAUGUACUGGCAAUGUAACAUUAUCUGAAUGUUAUCAUGACAUUAUGCCUUAAAUAAUGACAUUGUAUGAAUAUGUGUUAGGUUGAAAACAAAAUGACAUCACAUAUAAUGACAAAUUGAGAAACUGAUGCAAUAAUGACAGUUUAAUAAAUUUUACUUGUUCAUAUAGUGUCAUUUUGUAUGUGGUUAUGUACUGGAAAUGUAACCUUAUAUGAAUGUUAUCAUGACAUUAUGCAUUAAAUAAUGACAUUGUAUGAAUAUGUGUGAGCUUCAAAGCAAAAUGACAUCACAUACAAUGAGAAAUUGAGAAACUGAUGCAAUAAUGACAGUUUAAUAAAUUUUACUUGUUCAUAUAGUGUCAUUUUGUAUGAAAGUAACAUUCCAUGAGUAUGUGGUUAUGUACUGGCAAUGUAACCUUAUCUGAAUGUUAUCAUGACAUUAUGCCUUAAAUAAUGACAUUGUAUGAAUAUGUGUUAGGUUGAAAACAAAAUGACAUCACAUAUAAUGACAAAUUGAGAAACUGAUGCAAUGAUGACAGUUUAAUAAAUUUUACUUGCUCAUAUAGUGUCAUUUUGUAUGUGGUUAUGUACUGGAAAUGUAACCUUAUAUGAAUGUUAUCAUGACAUUAUGCAUUAAAUAAUGACAUUGUAUGAAUAUGUGUGAGCUUCAAAGCAAAAUGACAUCACAUAUAAUGAGAAAUUGAGAAACUGAUGCAAUAAUGACAGUUUAAUAAAUUUUACUUGUUCAUAUAGUGUCAUUUUGUAUGAAAGUGGCAUUCCAUGAGUAUGUGGUUAUGUAUUGGCAAUGUAACCUUAUCUGAAUGUUAUCAUGACAUUAUGCCUUAAAUAAUGACAUUGUAUGAAAAUGUGUUAGUUUGAAAACAAAAUGACACCACAUAUAAUGAGAAAUUGAGAAACUGCUGCACUAAUGACAUUUUGUAUGAAGUGUCAUUAUUGUUAGUCAUUUACAUGGUGAUUAAAAUGCAUAUAUAUGUGUGAACUUGACAGACAAUAACAAGAGCUUUUAAGAAGUCAGUGUUACUGAAGUUGGAAGACUUGCGUGUCAACUCCUACUGCAAUGUUGCUGAGGUUUUUAAGAAAAUAAAGACAUAUCUAAGCACAGAUGAACUGACAGAGUUCAAGAAUACUGUAUUUGGUUGGAUGUUAAGAAUAGAAGAUAUUACUUGGCUGAGUGGACAAUUGAUUUUGGGAUUGAUUGGAAACUUUGUGACUGAAGUUAAUGGAAAGACAGAUGACAGUGUCAUCAGGUUUAACAUUAAAGACAGUGUGAUCAGUUUUCAGAAGCAUGAUCUUGCAGUAAUGUGUGCUUUAAAGUUUGGAGUUGUGAAACCAAAUAUUUCCGAAGAGCUUGAGGGAGAUAUAUGGACAAAUUAUUCAGGAGGCAAGACAACUUUGACUCGUGCAGAUAUUCAGAAUGCAUUGAAGAAUUACAAGAGCACUGAUGAUAGCAGACUGACAAAUGACAUAAAAGGCAUCCACACCUGUUUGGAUUAUCAUUCGUUGCAAGGCAGUUGCGGACGGCAAUCCAUGCAAUGAAUGAGAACUUAGGAGGUAUGUAAGCUUUCCAAAUAAAAGGCAUCCACACCUGUUUGGUGCCCUUGACUCUAAUCAAGUGAUACACUUUUGAAGAGCACAAUUUCCCAUUUGUAACCAUCUUAGAGAGGGCUGCAUGUACAAGUUUAUUCAAUUAUGUUUAUCUACAGGAUACUUGUAUUUUCAUAUGCAAGGAUUGUUUGUGGGGUCAGAUUUGAGUACAUGCAACAUGUAAAUGACAUAAAAUGACAGUUACAUGACAUUUUUUAGAAACCCA